UAAUGUUUUGAGUGAAAUUCCUCAAAUUAGUACUAGAAACACUUCUAUGGAUAUUGAUCUUGUUGAAAUUUCAAAGAACAACAAAGGAUCAGCUGCUGUGGCCUUCAUGAGUUACACCAACAUGACAAACAUCCUAAAACCUACCCUCUUUAAGACAAUUACAAGCACAAAUAAAACCAUGAUGUCUACUGUGGUGUCAGCUUCACUUCCCAAAACCGCCAACACCAACCUCACCAAACCAGUCAAAAUCACCUUCAAACAUAUUAAUGAGUUAGACCCUGAAGGCAUUCUCUCCUGUGUGCACUGGAAGACAGACACAUGGCUUGAAGAAGGUUGUAGCAUCGUACAGACUAACAGCACUCACACUGUGUGCUCUUGUGAUCACCUGUCUACCUUUGCUCUCAUCAUGCAGACUGACCCAUGCAGGAGUGACCGCCUCAUGAACGCCCUCUUUGCAGUGGCUAUAAUAGUGGGACUUGUAUUCCUGAGCUUGUCUAUACUGACAUUCACCUUUUAUUCUCGGAACCCUGUGACCAACGCAGCUCUGAUAAACCUGUGCAUAAACCUUCUGCUGUUUCACCUUCUCAGCCUGAUCAAAACUCUUUUCCUGGCCCAUAUACACCCCCUGCAACUGCGUGCAGCACUGGCUGGAGUGCAGUGGUUUUUUUUAAUGUCUGUUUUCGUGUGGAUGUUCAUUGAAGCUGUGCUGCUCUACAUCUUUGUGAAGAACCUGUCAGAGAUCAGAUCAAACCCAGGGGAGGUGCUUAGCUGGAAAUGGUUAAUUGUGAUUGGAUACCUUAUUCCACUGGGAGUACUGGGCAUGUCUGGUGUACGCUUUCCUAAGGGUUACAUCGAUGAAGAAUGCUGGCUAAAUGAGGAUGAAAGCUUGAUCUUUAUUUUUGCAGGUCCUCUUCUUUUCACUGUUACAUUAAACCUGGUCCCCUACCUCAUCAUCAUCAUUAUCAUAAUCUUCACUCUUAAACACCUGAAGAAUGAAGUCUUACAAAUAAGUAAUAAUUUUCAGAAGAAUCUGAUAAUAUGCGUGAUGCUCAGAAGCCUGACCCAGUUUAUCAUUCUCGUUUGCUACUGGAUACUCCUGUACAUCCCCAGCAAGAACGGAGUUUUAUAUCACGCCUUCCAGUUGCUCAACUCCCAGCAGGGCACCUUCAUCUUCCUCAUCCACUGUCUCUCCAACCAAGAGGUCAGGCAGAAGUACAGAAAAGUUCUGUGUGCUUUCUCUCUCUCCAACAAUCCAGCAGCAACCUCCAGGAGUGUCAGGGCACAACCUGAAGAUUCCCAGGACAACUAAUAAAAGGUUAUGUCGAUAUACCGUAAUAAAAUAACCUGGGCAGUGAGCAAAGAUGCUACAGUUGUGUUGUUAGUAAAUGGGAUAUUUUAUUAAACAUGAUUCUUAAGUAAAGAAUGAAAUACUCAGAGUUGUAGUGAAAUACUGAGUGAAGGGGUGGUGUGAAGAAGUGGAGUUACUGUUACCAUGCCGAAGCGGAUUAUUUUCCUAUAACAGCAUGUCCCCAAAUGAUUUAUUACUCUUAUACCAAAGCAAUUGACCUGUAAUUGUAUUAUGAAUUAAUAACACAUUAUACCUUUUUUCCCACUUAUAGUUAAUGCUGUGACUAUAAGGAAACUCCACAAAACAUGUUAGUUCAGGGUCCUUAGCCUUUUAGGCAAAUGACCAGAGAUAAUAGACAUCAUGAAUUUUCUUAAACAACAUUUUGUUCCAAUGUAUACAAGCUAUAUAAGCUAUAUAUAAAACUCAAUUUUGGCAAAAAAACAAUUAGAUGCAGGCUCAAAGUAAAACAGCUGAAACCCAUAGAAUGAGUAGUGCAUUUUAUUUUAUUUUAUUUUUACUGCCUUUGCAUUAUCUCUCUUGGGUAUUUUAGGUAAAGAGAUAUUUUACUUGUUGGUUUACCUUUUCAAAGAGUCUAUUUUUUUGCUUUUUGUAGUACAAGGCCUAUACCAUCUUUAUAUGUCAUAUUAUAGUCAUAUAGUCAUACUGUAUACGUACGCUGUAUUUCUUUUAAGAAUGUUUUAGGGGAUAAUCAAAAUGUCACCUAGCCCAUCUAUUUGAAGUUAGAUGUUUCUUGCAGUUUAAUGUUUGAAGAAUUAUACAUCAUAAAAAUGGAAAACUAUUAAAUGCUAACUUGUCUACA